UACAAAAAAGCUAAGAAAGUGGCCCCAACUCAAGCCUCCCAACCAACCACAUCAACGCAGUCUUGGCUCUCCACGUCCCGUGUCCGCGGACCAUUUAUCGUUAUCGACCGACCAAGAACACCUCUCUCACUUUCUCCAACCCAACUCCGCACCAACAACACACCAACACCACCGUCCAAAAUGUUCCUCUUCGGCCUCGGACGCCUCGUCUACGUCGCCGUCCUAAUAACAAACGCAAUCGCAAUCCUAAGCGAAGACCGCUUCCUCGCCAGAAUCGGAUGGGGUCGCAGUCAAGCCGACCCUGCCUUCGGCACAUCACACGAUAGUACCAGCGUCAAGGCGAAAACGGUCGAUCUGAUCGCUAGUGUGCGGACUGUUAUGCGAAUACCCCUUAUCGUGAUAAAUACUAUAAUCAUCAUAUAUUCGAUUAUUCUCGGUUGAGCGAUCGUGUUGCUUUGUUUUGGUUCCUGCGGAGUUUUUUCUUUGAUUGAGUCUAUCGACCGGACUUCCUGCCAGCUGGAAAUGCAUUGCUUUGUUGCAACGCCCCAUAUCUUCGAACCUAUCUGAAUAACAAGUGAG